CGGACGACUGCCGACAACGAGGCGCUCCUCUCUCAAAUCCGGUCGCUUAGUCGCCGCCCCACCCUCCUUUGCCUCCGUCCACCAUCAUGAAGAUCACUCAAAAGAUAGAACGGGCCACUAGAGAGGAUAGAGUAUGGUGGUCCUUUGAGUACUUUCCCCCUCGCACUGCGCAGGGUUUACAAAAUUUGCUGGACCGUAUUGAGCGCAUGCGUGCGCUUGGGCCGGAAUUCAUUGACAUUACAUGGAACGCUGGUGGUCGUACGUCGGACUUGACCUCUGAGAUGGUCAAGACAUGUCAGGGUCUCAUCGGUAUCGAGACAUGCAUGCACUUGACUUGUACGAACAUGCCGAAGGAGAAGGUCGAUAUUGCACUCAGGGACGCUAAGCAACACGGAUGUCGGAACAUACUCGCUUUGCGUGGCGACCCUCCAAUGGGUAAGGACGAAUGGGAGGCAACGGAGGGUGGCUUCGUCCACGGUAUCGACCUGGUAAAACAUAUUCGGAAGGAAUACGGUGACUACUUCGACAUUGCUGUCGCAGGUUUUCCACAACACAUGCUCCUCCCACCCGAAGAAAUCGAGUUCGAGAUGAAGUGCUUGAGGGAGAAGAUCGAGGCUGGCGUGAAUUUCAUUUUCACACAGAUGUUCUAUGAUGUGGAGAUUUUCGUUGAUUGGGUUCGGGCUGUCCGUGCAGCGGGGAUUACGAUUCCUAUCGUUCCUGGUAUCGCACCUAUUCAGACGUGGAAUGGGUUCAUGCGUGCGACUAGUCUCGCGAAGACUAUUAUACCUCAACAUUUCAUGGAUCUGCUCGAGCCCCAUAAGAAUGAUGACGAGAAGGUUCGUGCGAUUGGGACGAAGCUUGUUGCGGAGAUGUGCAAGCGGAUACUUAGGGAGGAGGACCUUGCUAUUCGAGGGUUGCAUUUCUAUACUAUGAAUUUGGAGAAGGCGACUAAGAUGCUGCUGGAAGAGCUCAACCUCGUUCCUCGCGUGGAGACUAUCAAGCCCCUGCCGUGGCGCCAGAGUCUUACACCGAACAGGCGACAAGAGACGAUCCGGCCUAUUUUCUGGGCAAACAGGACCAAAUCAUACCUUGCACGUACAGAAAACUGGGACGAGUACCCUAACGGUCGGUUCGGUGACUCACGUAGUCCUGCGUUCGGCGAACUCGACGGUUAUGGUGUUUGGAUAAAGCAGACGAGAGAGGAAGGUCUCAAGAUCUGGGGCACUCCAACGACAUUUUCGGACGUCGCAGACCUCUUCUCACGUUUCUGUAAUUCGGACCUACCCGCACUUCCAUGGUCAGAUGAGAAACCCUCCCCAGAAACGAGCGUCAUCAGGUCCCAACUAGCAAAAAUGAACGCCCUCGGUUUCCUCACGAUCAACUCCCAACCAGCAGUCAACGGUGCACCCUCAACAGAUAAAGUCCACGGUUGGGGUCCGUCAAAUGGAUACGUCUAUCAAAAAGCGUACCUUGAGUUCUUCGUGCAACCUGAGUUACUCGCUGCGCUGCUGGUGCAUAUUGAACGAGACCCGUUGAUUACGUAUUAUGCGAUUAAUAAGAGGGGAGACUUGAGGACGAAUACGCAUUCUGAUGGGCCGAAUGCUGUGACGUGGGGUGUGUUCCCUGGGAAGGAGAUUGUACAGCCGACGAUUGUUGAGGCUGUUAGCUUCAUGGCGUGGAAGGACGAAGCUUUCGAACUUGGACGUCAAUGGGCGAAUAUGUACGAACCUGGGUCUACCUCGAGACAGUUAAUUGCGGACCUUAUGGAUACGGCUUUCCUCGUUAACGUGGUGCAUAAUGACUUUAAAGACGUAGACGGGAUCUUUAAGCCUUUCUUACUCGCUGGCGAAACUUACCAGAAACAGCAGAGCUCAACCUCUGAUGUUGCCGCUAUUACUAUUAAUGGCGUUCAUUGAUAACGAUUAAUUCAUUCUUCUCUGACUUUGAUUUUGACGCGACGAUUUGACACGCUCGCUCGCUCCCCCGUCCCUGGAAUUUACUCGAUUGGAUUGCGAAACCACUUCGACUCUUGGUUACAUGACACGAAAGGACCGAUUGACGAUUAACACAGAUAAAUGAAUUGUAUACUUAGAAAUUUUCUUCUUGUUUCUUACUUUAGCUCACCUCGGGUUCAACCCCCGUUAGCAUUCGUCACAAUCGGUCUUUGCAUUUCCCUUUUCCUUCUCUAAACCUACACCCUCAUCUGAAUCUACCCUAUCCUUGCAUACAUUCC